AUGUUUUCAAUUCAGAUAUUGUGGAAGUCCACCAUUCAUACGAAAAUAUCAGUUUGUGCAGAAACUUCGGUGUAUCAACGAAGGAGUAAACGCGUAAACGCGAUGAUUUGGUUUGUCUUAGUGAUUGCCAGUGUUUUUAUCACCAAUUCCAUGACUCUGGAGGCACAGAAAAGUAGGAGACCUGUUCCGAUUUUCAGAGAAACACCAGCCGCUGGACUGAGACUUCCGAACAAUGCCACCGCUAUUCGGGAAAAUAUUGUGGAUACAUUUUCAUGUGAGGGUAGAAUUUAUGGGUAUUAUGCCGACGUAGAUAACGAGUGCCAGAUAUUUCAUGUCUGCAUACCACAAAAAAAUGGAGCAAUCAGAUGGAGCUUCAUAUGCCCAGAGAGCACGGUCUUCAAUCAGGCGACAUUCGUUUGCACAUGGAACUACGAAUCAAUCCCCUGCAACGAGUCGGAUCAAUAUUACGAUCUCAACAAAGAAUUUGGUAAAGAGGAGGAAGAACCCGAAAGCACUGAAAAUCCGCACAAUCCAGAGGACGUGACCUAUAACCCCUCUAAUUACCCCAUCAAUAACGAAUUACCAGUAACUCCGUUCUAUGGGAAUACCCGAGGAAGGGGUAAAUCGAACCGAGGAGGCAAAAGCUACCCCACGAAUGACACAAUACGAUCUGUAGAGUCCCUAGAAACAAAAUCUGUAUAA